AUGGCUUCCACUGUACGUAAAAUAUAUCUAGUCGUUGUUCUAGUAGUCAUGCUUUGGGUUGGUACCGAAGCUCAAUCAGGCUGCUCGAGGGCUCUUGUGGGCUUAUCCCCGUGUCUCAACUAUGUUAGCGGAAAUUCAUCGACUCCAUCCUCGACGUGUUGCUCACAGCUUUCAAGUGUAGUCCAGUCGCAGCCGCAGUGUCUAUGCUCGUUGUUGAAUGGUGCUGCUUCCUCAUUAGGCAUCACGAUAAAUCAAACUCUAGCCCUUGCAUUACCCAAUGUUUGCAAUGUACAAACACCUUCACUUAGCCGGUGCAGUGACGCAAACGGAGGAACAACUGCUGCUACCCCAGCUAGUUCUCCUGCCGAAUCUCCAGAUGAUUACGCUGAUGAUGUGCCUGAUGUUACGACCACACCAUCAGAUUCAGAUAUUCCAUCAGGAACAGGGUCUAAAACAAUUCCCAAAACAGACGGUGCCUUUGUUGGAGGAAGCAACAUAAAAACGCCAUUCAAUUUUGUUGGCGUCCUUCUUUUCGUUGCAUCAUGUGCUUUGUCUGCCACGGAAUUUUGA